AUUUUUCCAUUAUUACAAAGAGGCAUUUUCUGCUAAAACUCUUAAGUUCACACUGUUGAAGAUGCAGUACUCCCAAACAAUGCACACGCAAAAAUAAAAUGGAGUGCCCACAAAUUGAUUUAUAUGAAUUCCUCACCGAGUCCGAACUGCAGCAAUACUACAAUGCCAUCAAAAACGAACUAAAAAUAACAAAUGCAGCCCAAUUUAAAUAUGCAGCGGAUGAGGAUUUACGUUUCAUUGGCCUGUCGAGGCCGGAAAUACGAAGACUGCGCAAGUUCUAUGAAAAGCAUUUCCCCCACAGCUACCUCAGCAAAAUCAAGCGCCUGCUACAAGCGCCCGCCACAAUUGUGAAGCGCGAAGAUGGGGCUGGGGCUGGUGGGCAGGCAACAAAUGAGAACGGCGCCGCUGCAGGGACGACCAACACAGCGACCCGCAAUGGCGGUAGCAGCUCGCCGGGCAGCAAGGCACCCAACAAUAAGCACAUCAUACCGGCUGAUUCGAUUAGCGUUAAUAAGCAGCUGGGCAUUGGGGAGUUUGGCAUUGUGCAGCAGGGCGUUUGGACGAAUGGCAGCGAGCGGAUUCAAGUGGCCAUCAAGUGCUUGUGCCGCGAGCGCAUGCAAUCGAAUCCCAUGGAGUUUCUCAAGGAGGCAGCCAUAAUGCAUUCAAUUGAGCACGAGAACAUUGUGCGCUUGUAUGGAGUGGUGCUGGCCACGGAUUCCCUGAUGCUCGUCACAGAGCUGGCCCAUCUACGUUCCUUACUCGAGUGCCUUAAGGAUUCCGGUUUGCGCGUCAGCUUUCUCACAAUACCCACGCUCUGUGAGUUUGCGCUGCAGAUCUGUAAUGGUAUGCGCUAUCUGGAGCAAAAGCGACUGAUACAUAGAGAUUUGGCUGCCCGGAAUAUAUUGGUCUUCAGCAAGGACAAGGUGAAGAUCUCAGACUUUGGGCUAUCGCGGGCCCUGGGUGUGGGCAAGGACUACUACAAGACAAACUUCAAUGUGAAUCUCAAGCUGCCGAUUGCCUGGUGUGCACCAGAAUGCAUCAAUUACUUGCGCUUCACCAACGCCUCCGAUGUUUGGGCCUAUGGCGUUUGCCUUUGGGAGAUGUUCUCAUAUGGCUUCCAGCCAUGGGCGGCACUGACUGGUUUACAGAUACUGGAAGCAAUAGAUUCGCCCAAUUUUCAGCGCCUGGAGCAGCCUGACUGCUGUCCACGCGAGUAUUACACUUUGAUGAUGAAGUGCUGGCAGGACGAUGCCCUAAAGCGGCCAAAGUUUAGCGAAAUCUACGAGCAACUGCCUGACAUGAAGCCUGAACAACUGAAGGCCGUUGUCAACUGUGUGGAGCCGAAGAAGGAUCAUUUGUUGUAUCGCCAGGGCGAUAUCAUAACUGUGCUUGAUCGUAACACUGGCACGCCCUUCUGGAAAGGCGUUUUGAGCACCGGCAAGACAGGUUUCUUUAAUCCCUCGAAUACUGUCGCCUUUUUGGAGGGCUUGCCCUGCUCUUCCAAUCGCGACUCCUUUAGUCGUGUCGGCGACCAUCGCAUUAGCAAGCGUAAAUUGCGUACGGAAAUGAUUUCGAAACCGCAGAAUGAUUUUAAGCACACCGGGCAUGUUGGCAUUGAUGGCGCCACUUUUGGUGACAUUGCCUUCCUCGGCAGCUCUCAAAAUUACAAUCAUGUGCCCAAACAGAUUGUGACGCCGUACAAGCCGUCGGAGGACAUUGAACAGACACCACUGCUACUGCCUCCGACGCCCACCAGCCCCGACUCGCUGCAAACGGCCAGCGGAUAUUUCCCAGAGGGCGCCGGCACCUCCAUGAAUCCCACGUUUAUUCCCUCCACGGAGCACACGCCCAAACUGAUACCUAGCAAUGGACAUAGCUCAUUUGACUUUGCUGGCUCCACAAAUCCCUUUGCCUCACACACUUUGGAUGAGGAGCAGCUUGCUUAUGCGCUGCAAAACAAUAAUUACGGGGCCGAUGGCAAGAGCAUCCACUCGGAACCCAAUUGGCGGGCCAGUUCACGCAAUACGACUGACGAUCCACACGAAUAUCACGAAAUAUCCGACGAUGAGAUCGCUGGCGACAAGCUGGACUUUGGUCCCUCGCUGUUGGAUGAGAUCAACUCGAUGUUUGGCUCAAUCAGCGGCGCCUCUGGCAGCCAGCCAAAGUCGCCCGACUUUGAUCAUGUGAACACAAAGAACGAAUUCGCUGAGAUGUCUGCAAAGCUUAACCACAAAAGUGGCGACAGCAAUGGCAAUAAGCAUGGUCAUGGAUUGCUGCCCACGUUGUCCAAGAAGAAGGCAUCCACGGGCACUGUAAAGCCCAUUUCGGUCAAGGAUGAGAAAAUAUUGAACCAUGCCAUUGAAAUAGCCAAUGAGAUUAGUGCCAGAUCUAUGAUUGAUUUGGUCUCUGAUCAUACGCUAGCCACGCACAGUCCGAAGCGCAAAUUUAGUUUUCGUUUUCCGCAUUUGAGUAGCGGCAGUGGCAGCGGCGGGGACAAGUCAGGUGGGGCUUUGGGUGGUGCUGCAGGCAGCUCUGCACAUACGCCCACCCAUGGAAAUGCCUCGCCGUUCUCCAAGAAGAAAAACUUCACGGAGGAGCUGCAGAGCAUACCCGAUAUUCAGCGCUUUCGUUCGCUAAGCGAGAUCAAGAACAGCUCCGACCUGCGCAUACCCAUCUUUGACAAGGAGAGCUCUGACUUUCUCUUUGAGAAAUCUCGCGAGAUACUCAGCCGCCCGCUGAACCGAGACCUGAACAGCGAGGAGUCCAGAGAGCGCGAGCCCAAGAGCAUCAAUGAUAAUAUUAUGGACAUUGAGAAUACUUUAAAGGCGCUCAAUCUGGAUUUUAUGCACACUUACACGGAGCUGGACAAGAGCGACUCGAACGACACCAUUUUGAAUGAUCAGCUGCCGCAGCUGGUGGGCUCCCUUGAUGAUGGCAUCAGCAGUGCCACGGGCAGCCUGAAGUCCGCUGUCUACAGCUACAGCAACGGGGUGCAAACGAUGUUUGAUUUCAAUGCAGCCACCAGCCAUCUGGACAAGCAUCUGCAGUACAUGCACAAUCAGGCGCAGCUGCACAGCCAGCAGCCGGAGCAGCAAAAGCUGAUCGAGGACAAGCGCAGCAGCACCCCAGACACGGGCUUCGCGUCGCGGGAUACGAACAUCUCGUUGUCGCGCCGCAGCAGCCAGAAGAGCAGCUACAGCCCGCAGGAGAGCUACUUUCCCAUGAAGAGCGACGCCCUGUACAGUGCACCGCCCAUUGUCAUGAGCAGUGGCUACGAGCGCUUUGGCAAUGGCCACACUAAGCAGAUGCUGGCCAGCGCCUCGCCCGUCAAGUCUUGCCUGAAUGCCAGCAGCAGCUCGGUGUAUGCGGGGGCUGCGAAGAGUCAUCGCCAGCGUUCCACUUCCUUUAACGAGAGCUUCCAGCCCAUUUCGCCGGUGCUGUCGGACGCCAAGCAUCGGCAGUUCAGACAGGAGUCACUGCAUCAGCAGCAGCAGCUCGCGCAUCACCUGUCACAGCAGCAGCAGCAGCUGCAACUGCAACUGCAACAGCAACAUCAGCAGGUGUCACUGCCCAGACGCUCUGCCUCCUAUAAGCCGCGUUCGAUACGCGCGCGCACCUUGCGCCGCCUCAGCUACAAUCCAAUGACGCUCGACUCCAGCAGCUCGUCCAGCGGCGACGAGGAGCCAACGAAGCCAAGCUUGGCGCGCUCCGAGUGUGAUAUACGCGCACGCGUAGCUGGCAGCUCCAGCAGUUCUUUGUAUCGUCGGCGUCGGGCGGGUUUGAAUCGGCAGGUGCAGUCCGCCUGCCAGGAUGAGCGAGAGACCAUCAUAUCGCCACGCCAGCUGUAUGGCUCCAACUCCAGCAUCAAGUCAGCGCCGCACUACAACCUGGGCGGCAACCGACGCAGCUUCCAUCGGCCGGGCACUGGCUACGAGCAGUUCCACUAUGACGAGCGCAUCUACGACUUUGGUGGACGCGGACCGGGCAACAAUUACACCACGCAAAUGGCACAGCAUACGCUGCUGACAGCCACCCAAUCGCAGAAGCUCAGUUCCGGCUCGGGCUCCUCCUCGGCGGCCUCGUCUGCCGUGGCCACCUAUCGCACUGCCACGUCUGCAUCUGCCGUGCAGCCGCGCCCCAUGAGCGGGGUGACGCUGCACGAGUUCGACAUUAGUCGGCUCACGGGCAAGAGUCCCACGUCGACCAAUUAUGUGGGAAGUUCGCCGGACGAGCUAAAGCAACAGCGGGAGAACCAGGUGCAGAGCCUGACGCAGCUGCCAGUGAAGCCGCAGCGACCCACGGAGUUCCAUUGGCCCGAGAAGAUCCAUGCCUCGGCGGUGCAGCAGCAUGAGAUGCAUUGGCGCCAGCUCAAGCAGCAGCAACUACAGCCUCAGCAGUUGCCGCUGGUGACAACGGCGCGUGACUCGAGUGACAGCAGCUCCUCGUCCAGCACGGAGAGCGGAGAUGAGUUUCAAUUCCGGCGGGAAUUCGUUGCGCCACGGAUUCCGCCAAGUCCGGCUCCAUAACUAAGGAAAAUGCUGAAAUAUGUUCUCAAUUUACUAUUCGGGCAUGUGCUGUCGGAUUAGGGCGUCGCCACGCCCCCACACUCUGAGUGUGUCUGUGUGUGCUGAAGUGUGUGUUGUAGUGUGGUGUGUGUCGCAAGGUGUGUGCGUGUGGGUGGGUGGGUGGUUUGUGUCGGAAGAGUAAAUUGUAGAAAUAUUUACAGCGAAUAUUUAUUAGUGUUUACAUAACCUAUAUAUAUAUUAUAUCGAUAUAUGUAUAUAUAUAUUUUGGAUUUGAAUAUUUGAGAGCGUGCCUUAUUCGGAAACACGGAAGACCUCUCAGAACGGAUGAUAAUAAUAAACGUAAUUUGCCGUUACAGUUACAGUUACAGUUAGACAGAUGCAGACGCAUUUUACAGUUACAGAUUCAGAUACAUUUCAAUUCAAUUGAGAUCUAAAGCAUAAGCAAUACGCAAGUCAAGUUCAGGGGGAAGUCCCUGCCGCCCCAUUCCGAAGUAAUUCAACUAAAACAGCUCAAUAAUAACUAAAGCAAUAUUAACUCGUUGCAAUAUAUAUAUUAAUACAAAGGAUAACGAUUAAAGAAUAUUAGAAAAUCAGAGAGAAAGCUUCGACUGCUCGAAGUUGCAAUAGCCUUGCAAGCAUUUGAUAAAUAUUUAAUGUAGAAAAGAUUGUUAACUGAUUCCGAAAGUGUUAUUUUAGUAGUCCGAUAAGGUAUAGACUUGCAAGGAUAAACAAUUAUAAAUUUGGAAAUUGUAAAAAAAAAAAACAAAGACUCGAUUACAAUUUAGCAUUAAAACUCAACUCAACUCAACAGAAGGCUUCCAGGUAAAGGCUACUCAGCUCCAUUCAGACGAAAUUGUGCUUGAACGAGGCGCUGGCAACAAAUAGAUAUAGAAAUCGAAUACAAACACAAUUUCCUACAGAUCUCAGAUAUCACUAUUAAUUAUCAUCCACAAAACAGAGCUUGGUUGUCAGAAUCGUUGCAAGCAGAAGAGGAAAAUGACGAGAACUUAGGAAAAAUUGAAUGAGAGAGAAAGUGGAUCAGUAUUAGCAUUUCAUCAUACACGGGACACUGAGCAAACACCUCACAUAUCUAAAUGACAGGGUAUAAAAAUGAACAACAAAAACACACGGCAACAACAGCAACUACAACAGUCAUCAAACACACACACACACACAGACGCAAACUCAACCGUUGACAAUCCUUCAUUAAGAACAACAUUCCCAAAAAAAAAAAAAAAAAUUUAAAAAAAUU